AUGACAGGACAUAAACCCGCACGUCGCAGUCAAGGAUCGGUCCAGACAUGCACAAACUGUGCGCGCCGGAAAAUCCGAUGUUCGAAAACCCUCCCCUGCGCGACAUGCGUGCGGCUCAACAAAGCCGCAUCCUGCCAGCGAGAAGAGGUCGUGGUGGUUACAAGACGAUCUCUGCAACCGAACCCUACUCCCGCAUCAGCAUCCUCUACCGAACGGACCGGAGCGGAGCACAGCCAGACUACACCGAGUCCUUAUGUCACUGCUACGACCACAAUCCCAAACGUCCAAGACGUUGUUCCACAAAUCAAUGACCAGAUUCUAGAACAGCUUCUAGCCUCAUUAUUUUCGCCUGAGUCACGGUUGACGAAUGAAGCAGCCGCUACCCUGGAGUUUCUCAUUCACGGUCGGCGAAAUGUUCUGAAUCAGUUCAUAGGUCGAGAAACUAUACCUGUGACGCCUGCAAGUACGGUCCAAGGCUGGGACAUUUUCUUCUCAAUCCCAGAUGCCCGUACAAUUCUCAAACUUCACGAGAUGCACUUGGUCUGGAUGCACAAUGUCGCUCACAUGCCGACGUUUCUCAGCGAGUUUGAAGAGAAUGUUCUCAAAGCCGACUGCGAGAAGAGUUGGGUGGCACUUUACUAUGCUUUGCUCUCGCAAACCCUUCACCACAUUGACAGUGACUGUCUUCCUCAAGUCAGCCACGAAGCAUCUCGGGUCUUGUUCGACAAGAGCAUAGAGACAUUGUAUCAGGCCGGAUUCAUGGAUCAACACAGACUGACGUCCGUUCAAACCAUAUGUCUACUGGUUCAGGUGGCCCACAACUUCAAUAAAUCCGAUCUUAUCUGCGUAUUGGUCUCCAGUGCCAUUCGAAUCGCUCAAUGUCUUAAUCUGCAUCGAUUGGGACCGGACCCAGCCAUCAGCUCCGGCAAUGCACAAGAUAUCAUAGAUCGAGAGGUGAAGAAACGGGUGUGGUGGUUUCUUGUUCGCUACGAUUGGCUUCAGAUACCUUUUCAAAAUACGUGUCAGAUCCAUAUGGCUCAAUUCGACACUCCCAUGCCAGUUAAUUGUCAUGACGAUAUAGGCAGAAUAAUUGCAGAUAGCAACGUUGCUGCACAACCUGCCAAUAGUUAUACGAUUACUACCUGGACAAGGUGUCUUCACGACCUAUCUGUUCUGAUGUGGCAUCACCAAGACCGCAAGUCUCAGACGCACAACCCAAUAGACAUCUCAGGUCGAUACGAAGAAGUCAUUCGAGCUGAUAACGAACUCAAAGAACUAUAUUCGUCUUGGCCACAAACCUUCCGCGAUACCAACACUAUCCCCAGUAGCCAUCCCUCCAAAGAUGGUCUGCCAACUGAGCUUAUGCCCGCCAUGAUUUUGAUGAGCACUGCACAAAAGAUAUUUACCGUCCAUCGUGAGUUCCAGCUAUCAUGCUUUCGCGACCGACGAUUCGCUUUCUCUCAGCUUUCGUGCGUCACAAUAGCAGAACGAAGUAUCGAAGCAUUCCAAAAAUGGCCCGAUUGUCUCGAAGCACGCAUCUGUCGAAGGAUGUGGACGACACUCUCAUACGUCAUUAGUUGCUGCAUUACCCUCUGUUUCGCCUUGCUAUUCAAAGCACAGAAUAGACUUAUACACGAGUUUGACAGGAUGCAUGGCUAUGUCAAGUGGGGUAAAGAAUUCAUUGCAAAGGAGGAACAGACCAGUUCUAUUGCUCGCCGAGGUGUGAGGUUACUUACCGCACUGAUGGAUUUAGGCCAGUCAGUACAGUUCUCGGUUGAUAUUGAGGCUGAUAUUGGGAGUGCUAUUCGCCGUGUGGCGCUGGCGGACGAGAAUAGUGCGGAGGCUGAAGGUUACCAGAUUGUAUUCCCUUAUGGCCAGGAGCUGUGGGAGAGUUUGAUCUCUAUAGGCAAUGCCGUUCUCGUCGUGUUGCACCCAGAGGACGUUAUAAAAUUCGUACUCCUCAUUAUCACUGUAAUCUUCCCUGCUGAGUUCAAGAUUUUCGUUGUAAUCUCCCACAGCGAGAACCCUGUAGUUCUCUUCGCGCCUGUGAGACAGUUCUGUAGAGCUACCCACCCAGCGAUCAUUCUCGUCAUAUAUAGCUCUGAACGGCCUGGGAUUGUAGUACCUACUUCUCCUGAAGACCUUCUCUUCGAAGCAGUCUCUGAGGUCUUCCCCAUUUGCAGUGCCCUGUGA